AUGUCCCUGCGAUACAUCACCGACCUCCUCGAGGUAGCGGCCAACAAGCAUGCUGCCCAUGGUGUCUCCGCAUACCCUCUCGGGGACCCAAAUUCCUGCCAUCGCUUGAAGCUCGGUCCUCCUCCUGCAUUUCGACAGCCAUCUGGACAACAUUAUCUGGUUCUGGGCCACUCUGUACGCCGGAUGUAUCCCGGCUAUGUCGACGCCGUUUGUGAGAAGCGAAGAACACCGCAAGCAGCAUCUCCUCCAUCUCCGGGAGCUGUUCGACAAUCGACCUUGCGGGACCAGUUUCCGGACGACCCCAUUCUCCGGCUGCGAGAGGUCGACUGCUUCCCUCGCUUGUCGGGAUCUGUUGGCGUCGUCCCGGCCAAACAGCAAGAUUUGGCCCUUCUGAUGCUGACGUCGGGGAGUACGGGACACGCGAAGGCCGUCUGCUUGACGCAUAGCCGAAUCCUCGCCGCCCUUGCUGGGAAGAGCUUGUGCCUUCCGGUGGAGAACCGAUUCGCGCUUCUGAACUGGAUCGGGCUCGACCAUGUCGCCAGUCUGGUCGAGAUCCACCUCCAGGCCAUGUUCAUCGGCGCGGAGCAAAUCCACCUGCAGCCCUCGGACGUCAUCGCGGACCCGUCACUGUUCCUGGAGAUGAUCCACCGUCACCGAGUCGGGAAAACGUCUGCGCCAAACUUCUUCCUGGAGAAGCUGCGGCGCUGGAUGGAAAGUCAGACGGCGCCCAGGGACUUUGAUCUGAGCUGCCUCCACUACAUCGCGUCCGGCGGCGAAGCGAACGUCGUCGAGACAUGUGACGCGGUUUCCCGGCUUCUUGUCCGGCACGGCGCCCCCAGGAACGUGAUCGUUCCGGGCUUUGGAAUGACAGAGACCUGUGCAGGAUGCAUCCACAACCGGAGCUGUCCGGAGUACGAUCUCGAUCGCCAACGUGAGUUCGCCUCGGUGGGACAAUGCGUCCCGGGCAUUGAAAUGCGUGUAUCGUCCUUCUCCGGGGACGGCACUUUGGCCCAGCCAGAUGAGCCUGGAAACCUGGAGGUGAGAGGCCCGAUCGUCUUCGCGAGGUACUAUCACAAUGAGGCCGCGACGAGCGAGGCAUUCACGUCCGAUGGAUGGUUCAAGACCGGAGACAUUGCGGUCAUUGAUCCUGCGGGCAAUCUGAGCCUCACGGGGCGGACGAAGGAGGUGAUCUCGAUCAACGGCGUGAAGUACCGGCCGCACGAGCUCGAGUCGGCCAUCGAAGACGCAAAUAUCGACGGGGUGACCCCGAGCUACACUGUAUGUCUUUCGCGCUGGCCGCCCGGAGCUCAGACAGAGCAGCUCUGCGUCAUCUACCUUCCGACCUACCCGCCAGACAAUGUCGAGGCGAGAGUCAAAGCCCUGGGUGCGAUUACCUGGACAAUGCUGCUGCUCACCGAUCCAGAAGGCGCUGGACAAGGGCGAGUACCAGAGUCACGAGGAGGCCAAUACGAAAAUGAUCCGGGCCUUCCAGAAGGCCAAACGGACGCAAACAGGAUGGAGCAGAUGCUUCUGGAGGAGUUUCAAGCCGUGUUUGACGAUGUCCCAGAAGAGGAACUGGGCGUCGACACGACCGUGUUCGAGAUGGGCAUCACGUCCGUCGAGCUCAUCCAGCUGAAGCAACGCAUCCAGGAGAAACUCGGUCUGGCCCAAGAGAUCCCGAUGAUCACGAUGAUGACGCUCGCUGGCAAGAGCGCUGGAAGACCUGGGGAAGACCCAGUCGGGUACGAUCCCGUCGUCACUCUUCAAUCGCAGGGGCAGAAAACUCCCAUCUGGCUCAUCCAUCCAGGCGUCGGAGAGGUCCUGGUCUUCAUCGGCCUCGCCCGGUUCAUCCAGGAUCGGCCCGUCCAUGCUCUGCGAGCCCGAGGCUUCAACCCGGGCGAGCCGUCCUUCCACGAUAUCGCCGAAUGCGUGGCCACCUACCACGCCGGCAUCAAGCGGAGGCAGCCCCAUGGACCAUACGCCAUCGCCGGAUACUCGUACGGGGCCAUGCUGGCCUUUGAGAUCGCCAAAGUCCUCGAGCGUGACGGAGACGAGGUCCGUUUCCUCGGCGCCUUCAAUCUUCCUCCGCACAUCAAACACCGAAUGCGCCAGCUGGACUGGAUGCAGUGUCUGGUACACCUGUCAUCUUUCCUCGACCUCAUCCCGGAGGACGCCACUCUCGCCCCGAAGCUCCAAGGUCUCUCCCGAGACGAGGCCGUCACACACAUCACCCGCAUGGCGGCGCCCUCUCGCAUGGCCGAGCUCUCACGGCCGACACGCUCCGGACCUGGGUCGACGUGGCAUGUGGGUUACUGGGCAUCGCCCGAGACUACGAGCCGAAUGGACAGGUCGAGAGGCUGGAUGUGUUUUACUGCAAUCCGCUGGCCAUCGUGGGGCUCAGCAAGGCGGAGUGGUUGGCCCAGCGUCUCAGUCGGUGGAACGAGUUCACCCGGACGGCGCCGAGGUUUCAUGAGGUGGAUGGCUCGCAUUAUACGAUGCUGGGGGCGGAACAUCGGUAGCUCAAUUCUGUAUAUGCAAGGGCUCUCAGAAUCUGUAUCCGGAUGGAUGGGAGAUUUAAGGGCAAGUCAUGGCGGCUAUAUGCCAUCCUUGUACCAGUACAUACAAGAUCCAUCAUCCGACCAUGUUACUCAGUACUACCUACCUAAUACUGUAACAAGCAAGAAAGUAAAAUUAGUAAUAAUGUACUGUACUGUACUGUACUGGACCUAG